AUGAGUGGCAUUGGCAAAACCGCUAUAGCCAAAGCCGUGUACAAAAUUCAAUCGGUGUUGCUUUUUAGAGAGUGUCUGAAACAUUGUCAAAGAAUGACGGGCAUAAUAGCUUUGCAAAAUAAGGUAAUCUCUAGCAUCUUAAGGGAUGAUUCCCUGGUUAAAGAUGCUUAUCAAGGAGUCAAAAUAAUACAGGAUAGAGUUUGUAAGUAUAAAGUUCUUAUUCUUCUUGAUGAGUAG